CCACCAUAUCAAUGUUUUCUCCACUUGAACAGAAACACCAGUGUCUUCAGUCGGACACCUGCAGCUCUGAGGCGAGUCUGUCCGAAGGAAGCUGGUCUCCCGGGGAGCUGAGACAACAGAUGGUGAGACUCCUAGGACAUGGCCAGUGACGAGAAGAUCUUCAACUGUGUGAAGGAGAAGCUGGAUAGAUCUCAGGUGAGCUCGUAACCUGAGGGAUCUGAUGACGGCUGUGUGUUAUGCAGCAGUGAAAGAAAACACCAACUGCAGAGUGCACGCGGCCCUCCUUCUGAAGAGAUUGCCUGUAAUACUCGAGUACCGUAACUCAGAGAGGGAGCAACAGAUGCAAGCUCUUCAAGAACUUCAGGCGCUGAUCGUCACCCUCGAUCGGCCUCCGAACCUCCCCCGGAUUUUCUUCCACUGUAUGUACGACAAGGACGUCAGUUCCAAGGACGCGUUCUGCAAGUCGGGGACGAGCAAAGACCCGCCCGAUUAGCUGGGUUAUAGCAUGGCCCAUAAGACCGUCACGGCCUUCUUCACCUGGCUGCGUGAGGCCGAGACCCAAGAUAAUUGACGAGGGGAUACCCCCGGGGGACAUGGUGUAGUAGAACUACGUCCUUAAAGCAGGACGA